AUGGGAGCUAUGGAGGUGAGGGAUUUGGAUCACGACUGCUUCUUGGUCAAAUUGGAUAAUGAACAGGACUAUUUUAAAGCCCUCGCUGAUGGUCCCUGGAUAAUUUUUGAUCACUACCUUCUGGUGCAACAAUGGACUCCGCAGUUUAAAGCCUCCGACCCGCUUCCACAGAAGAUGAUUGUUUGGGUUCAGCUGCCGGCACUGAAGAUUCAUCUUUAUCAUAAAGAAAUCCUGAUUACUUUGGGGAACCUGAUUGGGCGCACUAUCAAGCUCUACUACCAUACCCUCAAUCAACAAAGAGCCAAAUUUGCCAGGAUAGCAGUGGAGGUCGACAUGUCAAAGCCGCUGGUACCAAGAAUUUUUUUGGAUGAUCAAUGGCAGAAAGUGGAAUACGAGAACCUCCCCUUGGUUUGCUUCGAAUGCGGAAAGAUUGGUCACACUGGAACUCAGUGUCCACUUCGCCCCAGACCGACGGGAGAUGAACGUGCUCUGGUGGUCGGCGAUCCUUUACAGACGACACGGUCGGCGGCGACGGCGCAAGAGCCUCAGGCUGGGUUCGGACCCUGGAUGCUAGUUACCAAAAAGAGUAGGCGGAAUUCACGGGAGACUCAGAAGAAAGGGAAAGGGGAUACUGACUUUGGAAUGAAUCCGCAAGGUUCGUGGGCCAAGAAUGGUAAGGGUGGUUCGAAACAAAAGGAAAGCGAAGAAGUAAUUCAUAACCAACGGUCUCCUACGCAAGAAAGGAAAGGCUCCAAUAAUGCAAAGAAAGGAGGGGAGGAUUCUAGGAAAGGAAAAGGAAAAAUGAAUGUUGACAUCCAGGAGACGGCCAAAGGCCUUCUAGGGCCACGACCAAGUAAGUCGGUGGGUCUCUCUUUGGGCCCAAGGCCCACGGGGGAAGCCUCCUCCUCCACGGCUUUAGUCAAAGCUUUGGAUAGUCCGGGGAUAACAAAUUCUGUUGGGCCAGAGCCUAGUGGGCCGAAACACUUAAGCGACGGAAACUCAGGGCCAACUUCGAUGAUCCCAACCCAGUCCGUUACAGGCACAAAUGGAACGAAUAUGCAGAUACUCUUACUUCCUUCUCCGGCGGUUUCAAAGACGACAUCUCACAAGGAGCCGACGGCGGGGUUGGCGACCAAAAGCAAACAGAAUAAGAUUUCCAAGAACGCCCAUAAGAGAUCCUCGCCUCUUAAAGUCAAUCCGGCCAAGUCCCUCAAGAUUUGGACUCCAGUUAAGGAUCGUAAAGCCAAAGCCAAAGCGGGACUAGCGACGCUUACUUUACAAGAGAUUAGCGCUUGGACGGAGGUUGCGUCGAACACGAAGGAGAAGAAUCAGGUCCGGAGCAAGGAUGGUGUGCUGCCAAUGGAAGAGGUGGCCGAUCCCUUGCUUGGAGCCCCCUCGGCAGAACAACCCACUCACAUUUGA